GGAGGAAAACGAUCAGCUCAGGAUGUCAUCUGAGGAGGAAGAGCAGCCAGAGACCCCCACCGGCUCCCCUUGGUCUUGGAUUCCAUUGAUGAAAGACCCUGGCUGGAUUCGAAACGUCUGGACUCGCAAUCUAAAUGUCCAAACCAUGAAUUACGUUGGACAGUUAGCAGGGCAAGUGUUUGUAACUGUGAAGGAGCUCUAUAAGGGAAUAAACCCAGCCACAUUGUCAGGAUGUAUAGACAUAAUUGUUGUACGUCAGCCAGAUGGAAAUCUUCAGUGUUCCCCUUUCCAUGUACGCUUUGGGAAGAUGGGAGUCCUACGUUCUAGGGAGAAAGUGGUUGACAUAGAAAUUAAUGGAGAGGCCGUAGAUUUGCACAUGAAACUAGGAGACAAUGGAGAGGCCUUUUUUGUGCAAGAGAUGGAUAAUGAUAAGAACAACCAGAAUCACCCUGCUCAGCAGAGUGCUCUGGAGUUCUCCCUCAACAACUUGUCCAAUUCAAGGGUCAUGGCUGCUUAUGGCCCACUUCCAAGUCAUGUGUCCAGGUCUCCUUUCCCGGGAAAGAAGAAUAUGCAAGGAGAGUGUUUGUCUAUGUUUCACUUUGAUGAGCUUGGCAUGCUGCAGUUGAGAUAG